UCCUAACGGAGCGCACGUGCUUUUAACACUAUCCGCGUACAUUCGAAUGUGCUGUAACAAUAAAAUGCUCGUGUUUGUUCUUUUCGUUUCCGGACUGAUAUCAUACGUUUCGCCAGAAAGUUGCUUCUACCAGCGUUGUCUUAGCUGCCAUCCCCAAGAGGUUAUAUGGCCAGGCACGCCAUUAGAGUGUCAUCCAUCAAAUUGGGUGUCAGCACAAUGGGUACACAAUAUAGGACAUCCGCCACCAUCGACAGAUUCAAAAGUACGAAUAGAAUAUCGUUGCCUGAAAAUGGUAGCAACACCGGAUGAUAAAUCAUUUGGCAACACUGUGGACGUUAUUCGAGGCUGCGUACCACGUGCGCAAGUUGACUCAGUCUGUCUCGCUCUAGAGGCAGUAGAGCGCGCCCGGGGCCAUAGUGACGCGCACUGCUUUAUUUGCAACAAGAAUAAUUGCAACUCAGCCUCGCGAACAAAUCUCGCGAUAGCAACACUGGCCGCCAUUUUGUUCCUGUACUAUAUUCUAAGGUGAAUGACGAUAAUAUAAUCAAUACUAGCUGUCGCCCGCGGCUUCUUAUACAUUCGUCCAGGCUAUGUUAUUACAUCUAUGACAAAUUUCAGCGAGAUCCAUGCAGCCCAUCUGGCGAUACUUUAACAAGCCAUCCAGCCAGAAAUUCGCUUUUAUAAGAAUAUUUAGACAAUAAGUAGUAAGAUAAU